AUGAAGGAGAAGAACACCAUGGUGACAAAGUGGUUCAUGAGGGUAAAGAACACCAUGAGGGCAAAGAACAUCAUGAAGGAAAGGAACACCAUGAUGCGAAAGAGCACCAUGAAGGCAAAGAACAUCAUGAAAGUAAAGUACACCAUAAAGGUGAAAAUCACCAUGGUAGCAAAGAACAUCAUGGAGAGAAAGAACACCAUGAAGAUAAAGAACAUCAUGAAGGCAAAGAACAUCACGAAGGCAAAGAACAUCAUGAAGGCAAAGAACAUCAUGAAGGCAAAGAACAUCAUGAAGGCAAAGAACAUCAUGAAGGCAAAGAUCAUCAUGAAGGUAAAGAACAUCAUGAAGGCAAAGAACAUCAUGAAAGCAAAGAGCAUCAUGAAGGCAAAGAGCAUCAUGAAGGCAAAGAGCAUCAUGAAGGCAAAGAGCAUCAUGAAAGUAAAGAGCAUCAUGAAAGUAAAGAGCAUCAUGAAGGCAAAGAUCAUCACGAGGUCACAAGCAAGGAACAUCACGAAAAAAAGGAACACCAUGAAGACAAAAGCAGAAAGCAUGAAACGGAACAUGCGAAAACGAAACGAUCGCCGGACGUACGUCACGGAAGAGAACGGGGUGAACAUGACGAAAGUGAGGAAAAGGAGGGCAGCAAAGAAGCGCACCAUACACAUCACCAUGUCAGACGUUCCACUAGUACAGUUCAUAAAGAUGUCCCAGAUGUUUCCUACCUCAUCGAGACCAAGGAGAAGAGAGCUCAUGGCGAUUGCCAAUGUAGAUGGCGUAGGCCUCAGUUACUGGGCUCCCCUGGCGGAGGCGGUCGCAGUUUUAUUGUUUGUUGAUUGCACCUCGUUUGGCACGGUGUGA